ACUCUGGGUAAAUGUUACUGGUGAGUAAGAGAUCACACUGGACACAACAUGUUAACAGUAAAGCUGGGUGAAUCUUCUCCAGUGUCUCUGAUCAUCAGACCGAGCAGAACUCAACACUUUACUGCUGACUCUCUCUCACUGAGCUGUGGGGACCAGAGUGACUCUACUGGAUGGACAGUGAGAGGAUACACACAAAGUGAGACAUCGUCCGAUUGUUCAUCAGUUUCAGGAUCUACAUGUAACAUCAGCUCCCUCUCUACAUCACACACUGGAGUUUACUGGUGUCAGUCUGUAUCUGGAGGACGCAGUAAUUCUGUUAACAUCACAGUGCACAAUGGUGACGUGAUCCUGGACAGUCCUGUCCAUCCUGUGACUGAGGGACAACCUCUGAUUUUACGCUGUUUAAAUCGCUCAAAGCUCUCAGAGUCUCGUGUUUAUUUUUAUAAAAAUGAUUCCAUCCUCCAGAAGCAGACAACAGGAGAGAUGAUCAUCAGUAGUGUCUCAAAGUCAGAUGAAGGUUUCUACCACUGUAAACACUCAGAGAGAGGAGAGUCACCGAAAAGCUGGGUUUCAGUCAGAAAUGGAAAAGCUCCAACAUCUGUACUGAAGCUCCUCAGCAGUGUAGCAACAGCCUCCCUGUAUGUGCUGGUGACCAUCAUUCUGGCAGUGAAAUGUUACAGAGCUCGAGCUGAACCCGAUGAGGACAACAGACCAUACAGAGUGAUAGAAGCUGAAACGUCUUUCUGAGUCUCAGGUUAUAACAUUAUCUAAAACGUCCGUCUUUUAAAUAACAGCAGGUUCCAGUGCAACAGAGAACACAUACAUACAUGUCAUGAUGUAGUAAUGACUGGUUGUGAGGCUUUAAUUUCUCUAAAAGUGUUAAGGAUUUUUUAUUGAGUGAUUUCAUUACUUGAUAUACUGUAUUUUUACCGUUUUUUUCUAGCUAUGUGGUAUAGUUUGUUUUAAUUGAAUAAUAAUUUUAAGAAUAUAGACAGCAUUUACACAAUGUAGCAUUUAUAUAAUUGAAUAAAGCUCCCCCCCCCCCCCAUUUUUAAGUACUGUAAAUACUUGGGCAAAAGAGUUUUGUUAAAAGAUUUUUUGAAUGUGACUGAAUUUUGAUUCAGUGUUUUACCUCAUUUUGUUUUUGCCUGCAUCUGUUUUUGUUGAUCACCUUACACUUUCCUGUUUGUUGACUUUGAUUCCAUAUUAAGUUUUGUACAUUUUGCUUGAGCUGUUCCUAAUAAACCGACCACUGCAACUUGCAUCCUCUCUGACUCUGCCUUCUUAUGUGGCACAAAUAAUUUGUGAUUGU